AACAAGCUAUGUCAGAAGAGGUGCAAACGGUGUCAUUUACAAGCGAGGAGGCGAAAGUAAUAUUAGCUGAUUUUGCAAGGACCAGUUAUGAUUCAACGUUUGAAAUAGAUUAUGAUUUCCAAGAGCUUAAUUAUGAGACUGACACUGGAAAUGAAGUCCGAGUCGACGAAAACCCGUCGUCUUCGAUGAAUGAUGUCAAUGUCAAUGAUUCAAACAACAAGGAAAACAAAAGAUUUUCCGAUGUUUCUCUUGAAGAUACGGAUAAAUUUUUGGUUGACACUGUUAAUAAAAAUACCCUUUACAAAACAAGAACUGAUGUAAAAACCUUUCAAGACUGGCUUAUAGAAAUAGGUGAAGCAAGAGAUUUUAAGGAAAUUCCACCAAAGGAAAUGGAUGGUUUGCUGGCAAGAUUUUGUCUUGGGGUCCGAAAAAAGGACAAAACAGAAUAUGAGCCAGAUUCCAUAACUGCAAUGAUGAACAGCAUUGAGAGGCACUUCAAGGAUAUAAAGAUGCCAUAUUCCAUAAAGGAUGACACACUUUUUAGCCACUCAAAAAGAGUUUUGGAGUCCAAAAGAAAGUGUCUAAAAGUCAUGGGAAAAGGAAAUAAAAAACUGAAAGCAGAUCCAUUGGAGAAAGAGGAAAUUGAGAUUAUGUAUGAGAAGAAUGUAUUGGGUGCUGGUAAUCCGGAAUCCUUACUAAAUACAGUUUGGCUAAACAAUGGAGUAUAUUUUGGACUAAGAGGAAGACAAGACCAUUCAAAUAUGCUAUGGGGUGAUGUUGAACUUAAAAUGACGUCAGAUGGAAAGGAAUACUUAGAAUUCACAGAAAAAAGCACCAAAACUAGAAGUGGAAAAAAUUCAGGGGAUUGUAGAAAAGUCCUACCAAAGGCAUUUCAAGUACCAGAAGAUGACAACUGCCCAAUUAAGAUAUAUAAAGCAUAUAGGGACCGUCGUCCACUGGAUAUGAGGGAACCUGAUAGUAGGUUUUAUCUCAAACCUUUAAAUAAACCCAAGUCUGAAAUAUGGUAUUCAAGACAGUGUGUUGGGAAGAAUAAAAUGGGGACAAUAAUGAAAGAUAUGGCAUCAAAGUGUGAUCUUCAGGGCCGUAAGGUAAACCAUUCUUCGCGGAAAACUUUUGGGCAAACAUUAUUGAAUGGAGGUAGACCUUUAACAGAAGUGGCAGAUUUAGGGGGAUGGAAAAGCAUAGAAAGUGUUAAAAGUUAUGUAACACCAUCAAUUAAACAACAACAAAUGGCGUCAGAUACUAUUUCAAGUAUGCUUAUCCCGUCUACAUAAUCUAAUGCAUCCAUUUCAGAAGCUGAUGAAGCUGUCUUAGAUAAAUUAUCUCCUACAGGAGCUACAUGUACAUCUACAUCAAGUGAAAUAUAUUCUUCAACAGUAGAUGUUGCUUCAAUAGAUACACAACUACAGUCCGUACAUACUUCAGAUCUUCCUUUAGCUGCUGUUCCUCUUGGAAACUCAUCAGUUAACAUAAAUGAACAAUCAACCGUUAACAACUUGAAUAUGCCAACAUUUGACAUGAGCAAAAUAAAUGGUAUAUUGUAUGGGGCAAACAUAAGUUGUGGAACAUUCAAUUUUCAUUUUAAUGCUAACAAACAGUAAAAAUUUGAAAUGAUAUUUGUUCAAAGCUAAAGUUGUUCAUCAAAUUGUUAUUGUUACAUAAACAUUUUACUUUGACUUUUCUCAAUGUUAUUUAAUUAGUUUGAUUAAAAUAUUAACUGCAAUUUGACAGUUCAUACAAAUUUGUCUUUUGAAAUGUUGGCCGCUGAUCACAUAUCAAUGAUAUCAUACAUGUAAUUCUGGAUUCAAAGCAAGUCAGUAUUAAAAUCAUUGGCCCUGUAAACAUAUAUUGUGCAUGUAAUUCAGGAUUCAUUGUCAGUCCGUAUUGGAAAUAUUGGCCCUAUAUUCACAUCAUUGCCAGUCCGUAUUGGAAAUAUUGGCCCUAUAUUCACAUUUGAUGUAUGUAAUACAGCAUUCAGAACAAGUCUGUAUUAAAAAAGUUGGAUUAUUUAAUAAAAGUGUUAUGAACUGGCUGUUUCUGUAUUGGCACUGGUAUAGAUUCUCGGUCAGCUGUAUUGGCCCUCGACCCUACGGGUCUCGAGGCCAAUACA